GAGGGAGGGAGGGCGAAGGCAGUGUGGAGUUGUCCGGGGGUGGGGGGGCCCUGUUGUUGCGACGAGAGCGAGCGAGCCAUGGACGGCCCCACACUCUGCAACGGCUUUCGCAAGAAGCGGCGCUCCCGCUCGCAGCGCGACCGGGCGAGGCGCUCCAAACGCGGAUUAUUACAAGGUGCUGCUGCUGCUGCUGCUCCCGGCGGGGCGGCUCUGGUGGUGGUGGCGGCGGAGCCCAGGCGGACGCCCCCCGCCCCGUCCGUCCUUUCUUCCUCGGGCUCCGAGCUCGACAACAAUGGCAAGCCGCCGCUGCCGCCGACGUGCCGGCCCAAGCCCCCCAGGAGGAAGCGGAGGGAGUCUUCCUCGCCCGAGGAGGACAUCAUCGAUGGCUUUGCCCUGGCCAGCUUCGUCACGCUGGAAGCCUUGGAGAAGGAGGUUGUGGUGAAGCCUCAUGACCUCAUGGAGAAGCGCCUGGAGCCCUUUGUGAAGAAGAAACGGGACGUGCUCACUAAUGGACUGCCGUACCACCUGAAAAAGAACAGACUGCACCAUCGCCACUACAGCUCAGAUCGGGAGAAUGACCGCAACCUUUGCCAACAUCUCAGGAAAAGGAAGAAGUUCCUGAAAGGCCUCAGUCAGCUCAAGCCAGGCCAGAACAGCUGCCGGGACAGUGACAGCGAAAGUGCGAGUGGAGAGUCGAAAGGGUUCCAUCGGAGCAGCUCCCGAGAGAGACUCAGCGACAGCUCAGCCCCAUCCAGCUUGGGAACAGGCUACUUCUGUGACAGCGAUAGUGAUCAAGAAGAAAAGGUCUCCGACUCCAGUUCUGAAAAGUUGUUCAACACUGUUGCGAACAAAGAUACUGAUAUAGGAGCUGGCAUACUAACGGAAAAUGAGGACCAAGAUGCCAGGGCGUUGGCAGUCCCCAAAAUAUCGGGAUUAGAACGGAGUCAAGAGAAGAGCCAGGAGGGCGGGAGAGAUCUGCUGCUUGACCCUGUCGCAGCUAAAGAGCUUUCUCCUCAGGUUUCUCAGGCUUGGACCCUGCCUCAUUUGGAACCUGCUUCAGAGGCACAUUCUCCUAGUCCUGCUGCCAUCCAGCCAAAGGAGCCUCAUCACCCAUCGCAACCUGAAGCCCCCCAGAGACUGCAGGCCUCGGGAGAGGUUCAGCACUCUACGGGCCCCCCGACUCCCACACAGCGCCUGCCAAGGCCGCCCUCUCCCGGGCAGCCUGCCCAUCAAAACCUGCCAUCUGCCCAGCUCCGCCCUCCCUCCCGCAGCCUCGCCCAGCAGUUGUCGGCAUAUAACAGCAGCAGCUUAAGCCUCAACAGUCUGAGCAGCAGCAGAAGCAGCACUCCUGCCAAGACUCAGCCCCCUCCGCAUAUAGGCCACCACCCCUCAGCAUCCCCUUUCCCCCUUUCUUUGCCAAACCACAGCCCGCUCAAUACCUUUACCCCCACCCUCCAACCUCCUGCGCACGCCCAUCACCCCAAUAUGUUUGCCCCUCCCACGGCAUUGCCCCCUCCUCCUCCUCUGACGUCAGGGACAUUGCAAGUUCCAGGUCAUCCUGCUGGAAGUGCUUACUCAGAGCAAGAUCUUCUCCGCCAGGAGCUGAACACCCGAUUUCUGGCUUCGCAGAGUGCCGACCGCGGCGCCUCGCUGGGCCCACCGCCUUACCUGAGGACGGAGUUCCACCAGCAUCAGCACCAGCACCAGCACACCCACCAACAUACGCACCAGCACACUUUCACGCCUUUCCCCCACGCCAUCCCGCCCACCGCCAUCAUGCCAACGCCGGCACCUCCCAUGGUGCGUACCCCAGGCAGAAAUUUUGACAAAUACCCUACAAAAGUUGACCCUUUCUACCGACACAGUUUAUUCCACUCGUACCCUCCUGCUGUAUCAGGGAUCCCUCCAAUGAUUCCUCCAACUGGUCCUUUUGGCUCACUACAAGGGGCGUUUCAACCCAAGACUUCGAAUCCUAUUGAUGUUGCAGCGAGACCUGGAGCUGUUCCACACACCCUACUGCAGAAAGAUCCCAGGUUGACAGAUCCCUUCAGACCUAUGCUGAGGAAACCAGGAAAAUGGUGCGCUAUGCAUGUCCAUAUUGCUUGGCAAAUAUACCAUCAUCAACAGAAAGUGAAGAAACAGAUGCAAUCAGAUCCCCAUAAACUGGAUUUUGGCCUGAAACCUGAAUUUCUGAGUCGGCCACCAGGUCCUAGUCUCUUUGGGGCCAUCCACCAUCCCCAUGACUUAGCUCGGCCCUCCACUCUCUUCUCUGCAGCCAAAUUUGUCCUGAUAGGUGCUGCCCACCCAGCCGCACCCCCUUUUGGCCCUCACCCCCAUCACAGCAACUUCCUCAACCCUGCUGCUCAUUUAGAGACAUUUAAUCGGCCCACGACGUUCACCAGCCUUGCAGCCGUGAGCGGCAAUGCCUUCGGGGGACUCGGGAACCCUGCCGUUACACCCAACACUAUGUUCGGCCACAAGGAUUGCCCCAGUAUGCAGAGCUUUAGCAACCCACACGAGCCCUGGAACCGCCUGCACCGAACUCCUCCUUCGUUCCCGACCCCUCCGCCCUGGCUCAAGCCAGGUGAGCUGGAACGCAGUUCGUCUGCUGCAGCUCAUGAGCGAGAUAGAGAUGUAGAUAAAGGAGACUCUUCUCUUAGUAAAGAUGACAAAGACAGGGAGAGUAUAGAGAAAAGACACUCCAGCCAUCCUUCUCCUGCACCUGUCCAUUCUGUGAGCUCCCUUGGACAUGGCCGUAGCUCAGCUGAGCAGAUAAGGAGCCACCUGAACCCAGAGAUACGGGAAAAAGAGAAACCCAAAGAGCGCGAGAGGGAUCAGUCCGAACCUCGGAAAGAUGUUAACGUUGAUGAGCACAAGGCAAAGGACAACUAUAUUUCAGACAAAGAAGGUCUAACCCAUGAGAGCAGACCACUGGAAGAGUCUAAGCAAUCAUCUCGGGUACCGUCACCCUAUACCAGGCCUGCUGUUGUGGAGAACACCAGACCUAACAGCACCUCUAGCCGAGAUACCGAGAAAAAGAGUGAGCCUGCGUAUGAGAGUCUGAAGAAAUCCAGCGAAGUUAAAGUGAAGGAGGAAAGGAAGGAGGAUCAUGACAUCCCACCUGAAGCUCCACAGACACACAGGCCGUCUGAACCACCACCACCACCACCAAUGCCCACCUCCAAUGUUCAUCCAGGCCCUUUGGUGUCAAUGCCCAUGUCUGUGGGUGUCACCGGCAUCCAUCCCAUGAACAAUAUCAGCGGUCUAGACAGGACUCGCAUGAUGACACCUUUUAUGGGGAUCAGCCCAAUUCCAGGCAGCGAACGAUUCCCUUACCCUUCCUUCCAUUGGGACCCAAUGAGGGAUGCGUUGAGAGAUCCCUACCGAGACUUGGAUAUCCACCGGAGAGACCCUUUGGGCAGAGAGUUUCUCCUGAGGAAUGACCCAUUGCACCGUCUUUCUGCACCAAGGUUAUAUGAUGCAGAGAGGUCGUUCAGGGACAGAGAGCCACAUGACUACAGUCACCAUCACCACCCACUUUCGGUCGACCCUCGCCGUGAGCAUGAAAGGGGGGCCCACCUGGAUGAGAGGGAGAGGUUGCACAUGCUCAGAGAGGACUAUGAGCACGUACGGCUUCACUCUGUUCACCCUGCAGCUCUGGACGGCCAUUUGCCUCACCCUAGCUUAAUCACCCCAGGACUUCCAAGCAUGCACUAUCCCAGGGUCAGCCCCUCCUCAGGACUUCAGAAUGGGAUCCUCAAUAAAAGCCCCCCGACGGCGGCUCUAAGUGCCCCUCCCCCUCUCAUUUCGACUCUGGGACCUAGACCUAGCUCCCCACGCAGGACUACCCCUUUGUCGUCAGAAAUGCGGGACAGACCACCCUCACACACACUCAAGGACAUAGAAGCACGAUAAGGCAAACAGAAUCAGACCAGGAGAGGACAUUUUGUUAAAUGGAAUGUCAGUGCAGAUCUUCUUACUCAACAAAUUUAGACAUUGGUUAUGACCCAACUGUAUAAAAAUGUAUAGACUCAAUUGUGCAAAUAUAUUUGUUGGUUUUUUAAAAAAUAAUAAUGACGAUGAUAUUAUGUUGGGUUGUAUAUUAUAUGUUUUCAGAAACUUUAGACAAAAAAGUUGAUGCAUUUUCUUUAUGCCCCCCUAAUUCUUUUCUAUUGUUUUGAACCCCCACCCCACCCCCCAGCAGGAGUAAGAUGCUGCAAGUCAGUAUCUUGGCUCUAAACAAGCAAAGUGCUCCCUCUUUUUUCUCCCCCUCCACCCAUGCUAAAAUGAUGAAAACUGUAGAUCUUUCUUUUCCCUGCAAGAUGUUUCCUCCUCCCCCCAACCCCCCCAUAUUACUUCAUGGGUUAAUGGGUCAUUUAUGCAAAAUGGGUAAGAUGAAAGCUUUACUUUGUAAAUAUGUAAAUAGAAAGAAAGCUAAGUAACAUAAUACAUUAAUACUUCUUAAACUGUGCUCUUUGCAGACUUUUAAUGGCGUGCAAGGCCACUGCUGAGUUGCCUGCAGCAUUUCUCUUGUUAUAUGACAGCUAAAUCCCUUCAGCUAUGCAAUGAAUUCUAGGGCUUUUCACAAAAGCCUCUUUUAAACUCAAAGGAGCCUUGUCAACAAACUCAACCACCCACUUAGAAGUCAUACUUUCCCUGAACAUACUUUUCUCACCUGCUUGCCACCUUUUUUGAUGAAAAAAGUAAGCCAUCCAAACUUCAGCAAACAGAACUUUAGUAUCAGCUGCUGCUGCUGCUGCUUAUUACCACUUUUGUCUUGUGCUUUUCAGUUGCAAAGUGUUGUACAGUAUUUGAUCAUGUCCGUCCAACUUGUUGUAGCCCUACCGGGGUUACUAGGAUUCACAUUUUGCAAAUCAGGAAUUUAAGUCUGAGGCAAGGACUUGCUCAAAGCAACUUAAUGAAUCCUUAGCCAGGCCAGGCCUGAACUCGUGUCUCCAAGAGCCAAAACCAAAUUUCUGUCCAUGGUUUUACGUUUUCUCUCUCUUGCUAAAGCCCCGUAUCUUGCCAGGGAAGUCUCAAAAAUGAUGGUGCCUGCUUGUGUAAGGGUGCUACAUCAUGGCUCAGCUAUAUGUGCAGUGAUCUCUUAAUUGAGGCCAGUGGGCAACCCCUCCAGUCCCUGAUGUCACCUUCAAAUUUCUGGUCCAACUAUAGGGUUGCCAGAACUCUGGGGCUAACAUAACUCCAUUCAGCAAAUGAGGCAUUUGACUUCAUAGAGUGGUGCUGAGCAGUCACUACCUGUAUAUCCCACUGGCUGGUUUCUAAUCACCUCCUGCUCUUCCCUGCCUGCCACUGCCUCUCCCAGAUGGAUGAAGCCAUUUCCCAAAGGUGCUAAAUUGCCAAGCAACUCAUCAGUUGCUGGAAAAAGGGAGGGGUGUACUUCUUAACCACCACCAGUUGAACUUGAAGGAGCGUUGAGAUGGAGGGAAUAGGAAAGAGCUGUCUCAGAUGCCCCAAGAUAUUGGGCCUUGUCCUGGUGACUCCAUCCAUUUUCUGAAAUUAGCUGCACCUAGACUAUAGUGAUUACAAAGCACACCCACAUUGGACCUUGCUCCCCAAAAUGUGAUGGUUUUAACCAGUGCUAUUUUUCUAGAAAAAGAGGUGCCGUAACUCACCAUGAACACCUCCCUCGUUCUCUCGUUCUCUUAGAAUGGCAAUGGCACCCACUUGAGAGGUGCCAGAACUGAGUUCCUGUGAGUCCUCCCCCCCCCCAAAAAAAAGCCCUGGUUUUAACAGUGUCCCAGGAACAGGCUGUAAAGAAAAUAAACAAUGGAACUAAUGUGUUCUUGUUUCCUUUUGUUAUAUAUUGUUACUUCUGGAAGCUCAUGGGCUUAUUCUGCAGAGUGGCAGGCCAUAAAUAGGCACCACAGUAACAUUGAUCCAAUUUAUUUCUAAAUGCAGGGUGUUAUGAACCUGGCACUUCUAGGGAUAUGCACAGUAUAUUUUUUAAGGCAGCUCUUCUUGGAAAUGUCUGGUUAUUCUGGAUUUCAUUGGUGUUGUGGGGACUGGGGGGGCAGCCAUUCAUGCCUCUUGUUUUGGGUUGGAUGCAUAAUUCCUCUCUUCCCAUUUCCCCUGGUCAGCAGAAAUCUGCUUCAUUAAACAAGACAUUUAGGCUGCAAUGGUAUAUAUGCUUACCUGGGAGUCCACCCCAUUGAAUUCAAUGGGACUCACUUCUGAGUAGGCCUGUAUGGAUUGCACUGGCUUUUCAGAAACAAUUGCACUGUAUGUUGAUACUUCUUUCUUGCACAAUCAAUUAUUGGAUUAGUUUAUUCAUUUCAUUUUUUAUUUUUUUAAAUUUUUGGUUGUAAUUUCUGCUAUUAGCUCAGCAUGUUCUAACCACAGUGGCAAUGGAUUCACAAGAUAAAAGAUAAAUAUAUAUUAAUUUUAAAGAAUGGAAAUUGUUUUAGCCUUUUUGAAAACCUCUGUUUUCAUAAGUUUUAUUUUUUACGUUGUGUUUUGAAAUAAUUUGGAGAGAAUAUGACUUUAUCAGGAAGCUUACAAUAUCUUGUCUACUACUGGACUGUAAAAAAUAUAUAUAUGUAUGGAAUAAAAAAAAUAGUUCCAUUGGUCUUCUAGUGUAUUAAAGUGGUAUCUCAAGUUGUUUUCCUGUUUGACAAAAAAGAAAAAGAGAAGUCUAAUUACAGACAGCUGUUUCUAAUGAUCAGAAUUCUAUUUUAGUAGUCAACUAAAAAAGUUUUAGUUGUAAACUUCAGAUUUUGUGAACUCCAGAUGUUGUGCAGUGUUUUAUAAAGAACAAGUCAAAACGGACAAAAAAAAAAAGACGUAAGAAAAUCCUGGGGCGGGGGGGAUGUACACUGGCACUGUAGUGAUAGCUUUCAGUAUUGUAAAGAAAUUGUUAUAUACAAAUCUUUUUGCUGUUUCUCCUGUAUGUAAUAAAGUCCUUUCUAGAUCCUAUGUGAAAAGGAAACAAAAAAUACAAAAAACCCUGAAGCGACAUUCAAUCCACAGCAUGUUCCCUCAUGAGCGAAGACUUGUGUAAUGUAAAUCUGUGCCAUGUUAUUAAAAAAUGUGAACUAAA